AGGAGGGAGGAGCAAAUGGCCAGUGCAGGGAGGAACCAGCGCUCUUCCCAAGUCCCUCCCUAAAGUUCCUCCCCAAAGUCCCUGUUCGGACACACCUGCUGGCCGGUCCGUGUCCCAUGGAGAACGAGCCCGGGAUUGUGUCGCCGUUUAAACGAGUAUUCCUAAAAGGUGAAAAGAGUAGAGAUAAGAAAGCCCAUGAGAAGGUGACAGAGAGGCGCCCUCUGCACACUGUGGCUCUGUCCCUGCCUGAGCGCGUGGAGCCUGACAGACUGCUGAGCGACUACAUCGAGAAGGAGGUGAAGUACUUAGGUCAGUUAACGUCCAUACCAGGAUACCUGAAUCCCUCCAGUAGGACCGAAAUCCUGCAUUUCAUAGACAAUGCAAAGAGAGCCCACCAGCUCCCCGGACACCUGACCCAGGAGCACGACGCUGUGAUCAGCCUGUCUGCCUACAAUGUCAAGCUGGCCUGGCGGGACGGGGAAGACACCAUCCUCAGGGUCCCCAUCCAUGACAUCGCUGCCGUGUCCUACGUGCGGGACGACGCCUCGCACCUGGUGGUCCUGAAGACAGCCCAGGACCCUGGCAUCUCCCCCAGCCAGAGUCUGUGUGCAGAAAGUUCCAGAGGCCUCACCGCAGUCUCCCUGUCAGAGAGUGGAGUGGGGCCUGUGGAGGCGUGCUGCCUGGUCAUCCUGGCGACCGAGAGCAAGGUCGCUGCUGAGGAGCUGUGCUCCCUGCUCGGGCAGGUCUUCCAGAUUGUGUACACAGAGUCCACCAUCGACUUUCUGGACCGAGCCAUAUUUGACGGGGCCUCGACACCCACCCACCACCUGUCUCUCCACAGCGACGACUCUUCCACCAAGGUGGACGUGAAGGAGCCGUAUGAGACGGAAGUUGGCACGUUGAGCUCUCGGGGCUCUUCCCGGGGAGGGGGCAGCCCCAGAACCUGCCUGCUCACCUCCCCCCACCCCGCCCAGGUGGACGAGGCAGGGCUGGAGCUCCGGGACAUCGAGCUGGUGAUGGCGCAGGCCAACGUGUCGAGGGCCAGGGCCGUGCGGGCCCUGAGGGACAACCAGAGUGACAUCGUCAACGCCAUCAUGGAGCUCACCAUGUAG